AUGGCGGCGGCCUGCCCGCGGUGGCUACAGCUCCUGGGGCGCUGGCCGCCGCCGCGCCUCGUUCCCGCGCGCCCCCGCCGUGUUGCGCCGACUCAGCCGCCUCGCGAGCGUCUCCCCGCCGCGCCGCCCGGACUCACUGCGGCUCCCGCGGCGGCCCCGGCCCGCGGUCUAACAACACUGGACAGCAUCGCUCUAAGGACACGUCAGGAGGAAGCCGAGUCUUUCCGAGGACUCUGCUCACUUCUGUUCUUCAUCCUCACAUGUCGGGUGUUACCUUCUGGUCCUCGACACUGGUGGCCACCACAUGGAAUUGUUAUGGUGAAAUGUCCAUGUAAGAAAGUAGACUUGAGUUGGCUCAGUGCAACAAUGAACCCCUGCCCUGGUUUGAAUCAACCCACUUCCACGACCUCUGCAAACCCCUGGGCCUUGUGUGUCGAGAGCUUGAAAUCUCAGGGAAAAAUUAGGUUUCAACAUGAUGGAAAAUGCUAGCUGAAUAGAGUUGCAUGUAAAGAAGAUACUUCCUUCCUCUCUCCAUCACGACGACCUCCCUGCAGCUCUCCCUUCCUUGCCUGUGAUCUUAGUGACAGCGCCGCCCCUCAUGGAGUUUCUAUCAGGUUGCUGAAGGUCCCUUCUUGAGACCUCUGCCUUCCAUAUGCUCCCUCAUAAAUAAAAUGUUCUA